CCGCAUCUUAUCGCAAGCGACCUAUUGAAGCGCUAUGUUCGAGACUCGGCAUGCCUCAGACCGCUAUCGUCUACGGCUCCAUCGCGCUCGUUCUGUAGUGCUCACCCCUCAGGAACUGGUGGAAAUUCGAGCAGCGCAACGAACAUUCGAAGGUGCCUAUAUUCGCACCAGUCUGAGCCAGUUCAGUUUCGCCCUCGUCGUGUUGAAGAUCUUCACCAGCGAGUUCUACAGUAUCGGCGCAUUGUUUGCAGUAUAUGGCGCUGGGGUGUUGGCCGUCAGUGCGUUCCGACGAAUGCAAUCCAACCGGCAGUUCUUCAAUGCGGUGGGAGAGGACGGGUUGAGCAGGAGACGCUUUCGAACGAGUGGGAAUGUGGUGGUGAUUUUGACGGGGCUCAGUGUAGCUGCUUACGUAACCCUGCUGGUGCUCACAUUGCGUUUGAAAGUGAUGUAGCAGCCGAAAACAAAACACCAAACAUCAAACUCCAAGACAACUACCUGUACGCAAC